AUGGAUUCCAAUCGCAAGGUCCCCUCCAUAUCUGUUUCUACGUUUUCCACUCUAUCCGGUAGAAAGCGAGAAUUCAUGGGCAUCGGCUUCUGGAAUUCUUACAUAAGAACCCCCGAAUAUCUUAACCGAGAGCCUGAAAACCAGCCCAUUACGGCAGAAGAACUAGCGAAGCACACAUCCAAAGGUGAUAUGUGGAUCGGCUUGCGAAACGGUACAACCGCGAUUUUUUCAGUUGAAGUGUUUGAUGUGACGCUAUUUGCUGAAUAUCACCCGGGUGGGGCCGAAAUCAUCGCCCAGUACGCUGGCACAGAUGCUACUGAGGCGUUUCGAUGCAAGCUCAUCCAUCGUCAGCACCCUAAGCUAGCGCUUAAAACCCGGCCAUAUUUGAAUGUGUUGCUUGGAAAUGGUUCUCCUUGUAGAUGGGAUUGGACCACUUUGGCAGAUGAAUGUCUGGUAACUUUAGAAAUCGCGUUGAGAAGGCCGCUCGUAUCCCUCCGACCAUCCAGUCACCUUUUAGCUAGCUCGAAAUUAGAUGAAGUCGAUCCUCGACGCACAAUACUGCAAUUCUUCAUUAUGCUAGACAAGGAAUACUACGUGUUUAAGCUUCGUCUUCUACCACAGCUGAGGCCAAAAUUGCAUAGCAUACGCUUCGACCGACAAUUUUCCUACUUCUCAGUAGAUCCACACGUGUACCUGGAUCUGAAAUUUUCUGAUUGUCAGUCAUCUGGAUCGCAGCUCACCACGCUUGGAAGCGUUCUCCAAGAUGAAGUCCUCAGUUUCUCCGAUGCAUUUGAACGAGCUGGUUUUAUGAAAUGCGAAAUCGUCUCCUCCGACCACGUCGAUACAUCGCCCUACCGACUACUUCGACUCAAGUGGCUGAUGGAACAGGCACAUCUUCCCAUUCCUCUUUUGCAUCACGUCCUCCUUUGCGUGACGGAUGCCAAUGGCUUGGUUCAUAUGCGACCCUACACCCCUACUUGCGUCAAUCUUUCUCCAGAAAAGGAGAAAAUUCGCGAUUCAUCAUACUUUGAUAUCCUCGUCAAGGUCUACCCCAAUGGCACGGUCUCCAAGUUCUUGGCUAAUGCGGUAAAAGGUUCUGUGGUCAAAGUCAGUUUACCUCAAUGUCAACUCAGAGCCAACAUUCUGCUGCACCGUUUUGGCGAUGUAUUCAGGCCAUGGCCGUCUGUGUGUAUGCUGUGCGGGGGAAGUGGAAUAACACCUUUCCUACCCUUAAUCCAGUACCUUUUGUCACUGCGUGAAUCUCAUCUCCGCCUCCUCUGGUUCAAUACGCACGAGGAGGAUUUGAUUCUGCGCUCGCAACUCGAUGAUCUCGUCACAUCAUCAGAUAGACGAUUCCAGGUGCACUAUUGGUUGAUGGAAGACAAGGGGAGUGAGGCAUCAAAACAAUCUAAUGUCAGCAUCGGUAGGAUCAAUGACCUAACAUCACCUCAAUCCUUUGAGACAUUUUUUAACUCUCCCGCCACUUCUCUCCUGUGUCUGAUCUGCGGACCGCAGGGCUUCAACUCGUCCGCUAAAGAAUUGACACAGAUCUGGAACAUUCCAAGCUCAAAUGUUCACGUUCUCUAG